CCCGCAACGUCGUGAGGAGCAAUUCGAACCUUUUCCGCUCUCCACAGGAGUUGUCUCCAGCUCUCUGUCUUGCGCCGGCUCUUUUUGGUCUACAUCCGGUCGCCCCCGUGCUUCUUCAAUCAUCCACCUGCAAUCUUGCAAUCUUGAGCACAGACGAGGCCGACUUCCCCGCGAUAUCCCCCACCUCCCAAGUUCCCCGUGCUUUCUCGACAACCAAUAUUGCGGUCACGAUACCUCAAGAUGCAGGCCGUGCCCGAGUCGCGACAACAGACCUUUGAGGAGAUCUACGGGCCGCCCGAGAACUUCCUUGAGAUAGAGGUCCGAAACCCGCAAACUCACGGCACCUCGCGGAACAUGUACACUUCCUACGAAAUUGUCUGCCGCACCAAUAUCCCCGCCUUCAAGCUAAAACACUCGGUUGUGCGCCGCCGAUACUCCGACUUUGAGUAUUUCCGCGACAUCCUGGAGCGCGAGAGCACAAGAGUCACGAUUCCUCCCCUCCCGGGGAAGGUCUUCACGAACCGGUUUAGUGAUGACGUGAUUGAGCAUCGCCGGGAGGGCCUGCAGCGGUUCUUGCAGAUAGUUGCGGGCCACCCGCUUCUACAAACGGGGAGUAAAGUGCUGGCUAGUUUUAUACAGGAUCCGAAUUGGGAUCGCAAUGCUUGGUAGAAGGUUACCAAGCUUAGAUACUAAAGUCCUUUGCACCCUCUUGAUCGACUGUCCAAACAGCGUUGAUUUCUUUCUUUCUUUCUUAUUGCGAAUUCAUAUACAUACCAUCAAGUGAUUAUCCCGGCAUCUGGUUUUGCCUAUAUUUUAUGAUUUUUUUUUUCGUGUCGUUUGUUACCGGUGUUUCUGAUCCAUUGUUUCUGGUGUAUUCCAUUGACUUAUACCAUGUUGGUUUCUGGAAUCCAAUGCAAGUCCAUUGCGUCUUGUGGAUAUUUGCACAUGAGUUGACUGAAUAUUAUAUGCUGGCACAUGUCAACGACGUUCCACCCCAGCUUAGAAUUCUAGCGAUCAAGACAAGGAAUCCCAUUCCCAAGGUCGAGUCUCAGGUU